ACUACGAAAUAUUGCAAGAGUUAUUCUAUUCUAGGUUUCGGGAUCUUCUCUUACUCUGUAUUCAGAACAAUGAGGAUCGCCACCAUUUUGGUCCUUUGUUGUUGUUUUUAUGGAGAAUGUACACAGUUUCCAGAAGAAAAAUCAACAAAGGAGGCGCUUGUUAAUACUUCUGGGGCGUUUAUUCGAAACCAGCCCCACCUGCUCUCAUUCUCCAGUUCGUCCAUCAUCCAGUUAUACGAAGAACUCUUCGAAUCACUGCAACUAGGACCAGCGGUCAAUGUUAGUGACCAGUGUGCAAACUCUACCUACCUCUUGAGAUAUGCAGUCCAAAGACAGGAGCCCUGGGCUCUGCGUAUGAUCGAUGCUCUCGGUAAGCCCUCUAGCGGUAUAUUGGAAGGAAAUGUGAUAUUUCUUGGCUAUUACUCGGAAUGCCUGGAGACUACUGCUGUUUUACCAGGAAGUACAAGAGGCCUUCGGCAGUUUUGGGGAAAAUAUUGUUUACCAACUUUGUCAUCCAAAUACACCACUUCAGCGCCUCAGGAGAUACCAGGACCAUCUUACGAGAUAUUAACGUCGAAUAGCCCGAAGAUUGGACUCUGUGUACCGUCAACGUGUUCUUUAACAGAUGUCUCAAUAGGGUUUAACAGAGCUUUGCAACGAGUGUCACGUGGUUGGACGGCAACAAUAUCUCAUUGUUACACGAAGGAGGCAAACAGAUUAUCCGACGAUGCCGCAGCAGUUUCAGUCAUAACACUUUUCCUGGUAAUCAUCGGUCUAAUCAUCCUUGGCACAACCUUUGACAUAUUCUCUAACAUUGUCCAGCAAACGGACUUGUGGUUUAGGAAAACAGAAGAGGCAGUAACCCCGAAGAUGAAUACAUCAUCCAAAGUUAUAUGUGAACAAGAAGAGCAUUCAGGGUUUACACACAAAGUCAAGCAAGUGAUGAUAGCAUUAUCCCUGAAGAACAAUUUACAGAAGAUCUUGAGUACUUCGAGAACAGAAGAGUCUAUUGAUGUGUUACACGGGAUCCGGUUUUUAACUAUUAUUUGGAUUAUCACUGGACAUUCCUGCUCUUUCGCUCUUCGAUGGCUGUUCUUUAGAUCUUCUAUAGGCAUUGGAUAUAUUGCCCAGUCGCUUUGGCUUCAGCCAUUAGUAAAUGGUACUUUGUCCGUGGACACGUUCUUCUUUAUAAGUGGGUUCCUGGUAACAUUACUGACACUGAAACAACUAAAAAAGUCAGAGGGAAAAUUUCAACUGGGUGUUUUUUACAUUCAUCGUUACUGGCGCAUGACGCCGUUAAUGAUGAUCAUCAUUGUCUUUUCUGCCGUACUUUUGCGUUAUCUGGUAGGAGGUCCUGAGUGUCUUGAUACCAUUCAGAUGUACGACUCUUGGUGUAAGAAAAACUGGUGGUUAAACGCCCUCUAUUUACAGAAUUUCAUCAACACAGACAAUAUGUGUUUGAGCCAUUCGUGGUAUACGGCUGUGGAUUUCCAGUUUUAUCUCGUUUCGCCAUUAAUAAUUUAUCCACUUUACAGAGAUCUCCGAUGGGGGGCGCUCAUCUGGCUAUUUUUUUUUAUAGCUACUUCUGUGUUAACUGGUAUGAUUACAGCUACUCAAGACUUGCCUCCUGUUCCAUUAUUAACCAAAGCCAUCCCUGAAACCGUGUUUAACAGCUACUCCUCUAUGGUGUACAUCAAACCAUACUGUAGAAUGGGUCCUUACCUAGUGGGUAUGGCAUUAGGAUACAUAUUAUUUAGGACAGGAAGAAAAGUUGUGCUGAAAACGAGGUAUACAGUACUCGGAUGGUCUUUGGCAGUUGUGUGCAAUAUGUUAGUUCUUUACGGAAUGUGGCCGGCUUAUGAAGGAAAACUUCCCUCCAACUUGACAUCUGCUAUGUACAGUGCUCUAGCACGAACAGCUUGGGCUGUGGGACUUGCCUGGUUGACCUUUGCAUGUACAGCUGGUUAUGGAGGUUUUAUCACCACUUUCUUAUCCUGGAAGGCAUUCAUACCUUUCAGUCGUCUCACGUAUUCUGCUUAUCUCAUCCACCCUGUUGCCAUGGCAGCCCUCUACGGUGUACAAGAAUUAACUGUUGACGCAACUUACAGCUAUAUGAUGUACCUAAUCUUUGGAAAUCUGGUCUUCACCUUUAUAUUAGCUUUCAUUUCGUCAUUGUUCUUCGAGUUUCCCUUUGCUGGUCUGGAAAAGGUAAUUUUGAGGAAAACAUCUAACAGACUAUGAAAUGGGUAAUUUGAAACGUGUCAUUUUGUUUCAAUGGUGCCAACCACACAGAUAAACGUCACUGAAUACGAAGCGCAAGUCAAAAGAACUUGCAUGGAAAGACUAAUGUAUAGAACUUCAGUGGUGUUAUUCUACUGUCUGAAUUGAUUUGAAGAACUAGGCUUAGACUACCGUUAUUCAAUAUGUUAAGAAGAAACUUUAACAUUUAACUGAACACUAAACCAAAAUCCUUCCUUUUAAUCUGAAGUGUUAAGUGCUCACUUCGAAAUAUUAAAAUCAGAACACAGUGCAUAUCAAAUAUCGAAGGUGCCAAAGUAUGUGCUGACGACUUGUAUGUCUUGGCAUGAUGUAAAAUAACAUGAACCAAGUGUUACUUCAAGGAAAAAUAGUUUAUUUAAUACCAGUAUUUGAUUUGGAUCUCCAUAACAAAUUGGAUUAUUAUUUUGGUGUAACUUAUUAUAGCCUUUUAGAGCAAAUUUAAUUAACUUUUCAGUUAAAAUCAAGUAUAAUUUUGUUUAACAUUCCUUUAAGUUUUUCACUCCUUAAAUAAUAUAAAUACUCCAAGAACAUUACACUUUGUUGGUUGAUUUUUAGGAUAAUGUUGGCCCUACUUAUUAAAACAAACAAACUUGCUAAGCAUUCAAUUACUUUCGAAAUUUAACUUUUUACAAAUUUAUGUCACAAACAUUAUGGAGAAACAUAUUAGUUGCAAUAACCAAUUAAUGAACUAUUUCCAUCACUAUUGUACCCCCCAUAUGCUAGCCGUCCCUAAUUUAGCAGUGAAAGACUAGAGGGAAGGCAGCUAGUCAUCACCAUGUAUUGCUACAGGAAGACGAUAAAUGUGAUGCUCUUUCAAAGUAUUUGGGAAAAUAGCAAGCGAUGGAUUAUUUCAUUAUCGUUUUGGAAGGGCAUUUGUCCAUCAGAAUGGAAAUGCAACAUCGUGGGAAGAAAAAUAAUAAGCGUAAAACAAUCGGAUACACUUAACAUUAUUCACCCCUUUUAAAGGAAUCAAAGAACCCUACUCAUAUGGAAGAAUAUUACAAAAAUAUCUGCACCAUCUCCAGCGGAACAACUCAAACAGGGUCAAGUUUAAAAUCACAAAUAUAUUCAACGUUAAA